GUCCCAGCUCUGGACCCCUCCGGAGGGGCGGGGCCGAGCGGCGCGGGCCCAGCGGCCGCUGACUGGCUGCGCUCCUCCGUCGCGGGGACGCGCCCGCUCUCACACGCACUCGUCCGCCGCGCGGCCAGGCCACCGGCCAGCCUCUCUGCCCCUCGCCCCUGUUCCUCCGGGCUUUUUUCCGUUAAAACUUCCCGUUAACACCCGCUGUACCGGUGCCCCCCCCCCCCCCCUCCCCCCCCCCGGAGCGGCCGCGGGGGAAACGCCAAGAAACCGGAUUAACAGAGUUCGACCGAGCGGCCGCCCCGCCGCCGAGCAGCGGGCCGCAACUCUCCUCCCGCCGGGGAAGUCACCGGGGAAGUCACCGGGGAAGUCACCGGACAGGCGACGUCACAGGCCCCGGGGGAAGUCGGGAGCGAGCCGCCGCCGGUUCACGGAGGAGACGAAGCCCGGACCAGGACCAGGACCAGGACCGCGUCCACUCCUCGUCGGUCGGUUGGUUUCAUGGGGUCGGUGUGAACGGGUCCGCGCGUGGCCUCCACGAGACUCACGGCCCCCCCCCCCCCCCCCCCCCCCCAGGUUAGAGGUGGAGAGGGCGGAGCUGCACAAUGGCGGGUGCGUCGGUCAAGGUGGCGGUGCGAGUCCGUCCGUUCAAUUCCCGGGAGACAGGACGCAACGCAAAGUGUGUGAUCCAGAUGCAGGGAAACACCACCUGCAUCUCCAACCCCAAACAGCCCAAAGACGGAGCCAAGAACUUCACCUUUGACUACUCCUACUGGUCGCACACAACGACCGAGGACCCCAGCUUUGCGUGCCAGCGGCAGGUGUACAAGGACAUCGGGGAGGAGAUGCUGCUUCACGCCUUCGAAGGAUACAAUGUGUGUAUUUUUGCGUACGGCCAGACGGGGGCAGGAAAGAGCUACACCAUGAUGGGCAAACAGGAGCCUGGACAGGAGGGGAUCAUACCACAGCUUUGUGAGGACCUGUUUCAGAGAACCGGAGGAAACACAGAUCCAGACCUGAACUACUCCGUGGAGGUGUCCUACAUGGAGAUCUACUGCGAACGGGUCCGGGACCUGCUGAACCCUAAGUCCCAGGGGACCCUGCGGGUCCGGGAGCAUCCCAUCCUGGGGCCGUACGUGGAGGACCUGUCCAAACUGGCCGUGACCGGGUUCACCGACAUCCGGGACCUGAUGGAUGCCGGCAACAAGGCCAGGACGGUUGCGGCCACAAACAUGAAUGAGACGUCGUCCAGGUCACACGCUGUCUUCACCAUUGUCUUCACCCAGAAGCGACGAGACCAGAUGACGAGCCUGGACACCGAGAAGGUCAGUAAGAUCAGUCUGGUCGACCUGGCUGGAAGCGAGCGAGCUGACUCGUCGGGGGCAAAGGGCACCAGGCUCAAGGAAGGAGCGAACAUCAACAAAUCUCUGACCACGUUGGGAAAAGUCAUAUCAGCUUUGGCGGAAAUGCAGAGCAGUAAGAAGAGAAAGAGUGAUUUUAUUCCCUAUAGAGACUCUGUUCUCACUUGGCUACUGAAGGAAAACCUGGGGGGAAACUCUCGCACCGCCAUGAUCGCUGCGCUAAGUCCUGCUGACAUCAACUACGAAGAAACACUGAGCACACUGAGGUAUGCCGACCGCGCCAAACAAAUUCGAUGCAACGCCGUGAUCAACGAAGAUCCAAAUGCCAAACUGAUCAGAGAGCUGAAGACCGAAGUGGAGCGACUGAGGAACCUGCUGUUCUCCCAGGGGUUGCAGGAGCUGCUGGAUAAUGCUGUCAACAACAACAACGGCCCCUGUGGCGUCGCAGGUGUCCCCCCCUCCCCCCUGCAGCUGGCACUCGCAGCCAAUGGGAUCGCACCUAAGAAUGUCUCCGCCCCUCCAGGUGACUGUCUGUCUGUAGGUGAGCCGACGUCGUCUGGCGAGGCCUCAACUGCUGACCCCAACCACAUGAUCGAGGAUGGAGAGGAGGGGGAGGAGGCAGUCGCCACGGAGACCAUCAGUAAAGAGGAAGCAGCUGAGAGACUGAUGGAGACAGAGAAGAUCAUCGCCGAGCUCAACGAGACCUGGGAGGAGAAGCUGAGAAAAACGGAAUCUAUUCGUCUGGACAGAGAGAGCCUGCUGGCAGAGAUGGGCGUGUCCAUUAAAGAAGAUGGAGGGACGCUGGGCGUCUUCUCUCCCAAAGGAACACCUCACCUGGUCAACCUGAAUGAAGACCCUCUGAUGUCUGAGUGUCUCCUCUACUACAUCAAGGAGGGGUUCACCAGGGUCGGACAACAGGAUGUGGACAUUAAACUGUCCGGACACUUUAUAAAGGAGAUUCACUGUGUGUUUGUCAGUGAGACCAAUGAACAGGGAGAAGUCGUCGUCACUCUGGAGCCGUUGGUCGGAGCAGAGACGUACGUGAACGGGAAACAGAUCUCUGACUCCGUCAUCCUCAAACAAGGCAACCGCAUCGUCAUGGGGAAGAACCACGUGUUCCGCUUCAACCACCCGGAGCAGGCGAGGCUGGAGAGGGAGCGCAGCGCCACAGCCGAGCAACAGGGGGAGCCAGAGCCCGAGGACUGGAACUACGCCCAGAGGGAGCUGCUGGAGAAACAAGGCAUCGACAUCAAACUGGAGAUGGAGAAGAGGCUGCAGGACAUGGAGACUCAGUACCGUAAAGAGAAAGAGGAGGCUGAUCUGCUGCUGGAGCAACACCGACUGUAUGCCGACAGCGACAGCGGUGACGACUCAGACAAACGUUCCUGUGAGGAGAGCUGGAGGCUGAUUUCCUCUCUGAGAGAGAAGCUACCUGCCAACAAGGUUCAGUCCAUUGUGAAGCGCUGCGGUCUGCCCAGCAGCGGGAAGAGGAGGGAACCGCUCCGAGUCUAUCAGAUCCCCCAGAGGAGGAGGAUCAGCAAGGACCCCAAACGGGUCACGAUGGAAGACCUGCGCAUGCAGGCCGUCAAAGAGAUCUGCUACGAGGUGGCUCUGGGAGACUUCCGUCACUCCCGUCAGGAGAUUGAGGCGCUGUCCAUCGUCAAGAUGAAGGAACUCUGUCGCAUGUAUGUCAAGAAGGACGCCAACGAGAAGGAGAGCUGGAGGGCCGUGGCCCAGGACGUCUGUGACACCGUGGGCAUCGGAGAGGAGCGCAGCCCCCCGGCGGAGGAGGGAGGAGGAGGAGGAGAAGAGCCGGGGGAAGGAGGAGAGAAAGUAAAAGUGUACGACCUGAAGGCUCACAUCGAUAAACUGACGGACAUUUUGGAGGAGGUGAAACUGCAAAACAACAUGAAGGACGAGGAGAUCAAAGCUCUGAGAGACAGAAUGAUCAAGAUGGAGAGCAUCAUACCUGUUCAGGACGAGGUGAACGGCGACGGAGGCGAGUCUCCUCAGAGAGACGGCGACGGGGACGGUGACGGUGACAGGAGCACAGACGGCGAUGGCGACACCCCGAAGCCGCCGGAGGUCCGAGUGAAGCGGCUGAUGGACGAGGACCCGGCGUUCAGGAGAGGGCGCCUCCGCUGGCUGAAGCAGGAACAGCAGCGAAUCCUGAACCUGCAGCAGCAGAACAUCACCAAGAAACUACGAGGACAGAACCAGAACCAGGGUCAGAACGCCCCCAUCGUCCCCGUACACCUCCCAGGGACCGGCCGCUUCAUCCCGCCGCAGGAAUGCAAACUCAAGUUUCCCUUCAAGAGUAACCCCGCCCACCGGUUGUCAUGGGGACCAGCCAGCGAGGCUCUGCAGGCGCUGGGUCUUGGGGAGGCGGAGGGCGAGUGGGGGGAGCAGAGGGAGGAGUGCGGGGCAGGAGGGGAAGGUAAAGGUUCUCCCUCACCUCCUCUUCAGGCUCAGUCUCCUGCUCUCUUGCCCCUCCCCUUCCAGGCCCCGCCCCCUCGCAUGCGUACCCCGAGCCCUCAUCGUGCAUGGCAACAGCGCAGCCAGGGCAACCAGGGUAUUCAGGGCGGCUUCCACUACCAGCACCAGGGCAACAACCAGAACCAACAGCGCCGCUACCGCCGCAACUCCCUGGACAGCUCCACCCAUGGCAACAGUAACUACGACAAUAACCAGCAUCAUGGUGGCAGUGGGGGCGGUGGUCACCAAGGGCGACCGAGACAGAGGAGGGGGCCAUCGCCAGGGCCAGGGGGGGAGAGAGGAGGAGGGAGAGGGGGAGACCGAGACGGAGGCUUCCAGUAUAAUCAACGCCAGCACCAUCAGUUUCACCCGCAUCCCUACUUCAACCCCCACAAUGCACCAUUCCAGCCGGGACCUUUCCCCAACUACAACAGUCUGCCUCGCUGCGGGGUCCCGCCCCCUCCUGCUGACAUGCUGAUUGGGCCAGGGCCUCUGCCAGGGGGGUGGGGCUUCACCACGCCUCCCAGGAUGAGACGGCAGUUCAGUGCCCCAGACCUGAAGAACAAUAAGGAGACCCCCAUCUGACCUCUGACCUCCGACCUCUGACACAUGGACGACUGAUUGGCUGCAGGACAUGGGGCGGUCCUGAUGCUGUAGAAAAGUGUGUGCGUGUGUAUGUGUGUGUUGCUGCACUUUUACUAGACUGACCCAGCUCGUCACACACCAACUGACAUCACACACAUCCUGUAUCUUCAAUCCUGCUGUGUGUGUGUGUGUGUGUGUGUGUGUGUGUGUGUGUGUGUGUGUGUGUGUGUGUGUGUGUGUGUGUGUGUGUGUGUGUGUGUGUGUGUGUGUGUGUGUGUGUGUGUGUGUGUGUGUGUGUGUUUGUGUGUGUGUGUGUGGCUUCCUCCUAGCUUUCACGUUAGCACAGCCGUUGCCAUAGCAAUUGCUGCCGUUAGUUUGGCUGUCGAAGAAGAAGUUUAUGACACUAUAUGACUUAUUGAUCGCUGAUACUCGUUUAUAACGAGGUGCUAACGCGUAGUGAGUUUGUUUUUUAAAUGUUCUUUUAAAGAUGAAGUGCGUUGGCCGAGUGUUCGUACUCACACACACACACACUUGGGUUUUAGCUCCUCUGUGUUAGCCCCGGUUAGCCCAGGAGGCUAACAAUAGCUAGCUAUCAUUGUUUAAGCCGGAUAGUUAUGCGUUAGCUCGGGCUAGCUAGUUAGCCUGAGCAGGGAGCAGGCGAUGGCUUUUGAGCUUUGGCAGACUAAUAGGUCAGUUGGUGAAAAGUUGAGCCUAGCCUAGCAUUCACGUUAUAUGGGAUUUACAAACUCAGUACGACUUCGACAUUAACGCAGUGAACUCAGGUUAUACUUUGAAUCGAAAACGGUAAAUGAACUGAACUGAAAGAGACGAAGGUGACGAACGGAGCUACGUGACAACGUUUUGUCUUGAACACAUUGAACGCGUUGUGUAAAUGAAGGUUCUGACACUUGGAUGAAACUCUGUUGUUCGGAAGUCGUACGUUUCUCCCACGUGACUUGAAUGCUGCGUCGUCCAGUGCUACAAACCAAAGAGAGCUGCUGUGUGGCGCCCCCUGCAGGCGGACAGACAGACACACUGCUGUACAGACGGGGGAGGGGGAGGUCGUGAACGUCGAUUUUAAAAGCGUUGUGUGUGUAUAUUUGAAGUGUGGCCUCGUCGUUUAUGAAGAUGAAUCUAUUUUUUAAUCGUUUAGAUCGUGGGGAAAUGCAGUAAGUGAUCAUGGGAGAUGAAGUAAUUGUGGAGGGUUAUACUUUACGUAGGGUCGUGUGAGCAAGGGGAACUCUGGGAAAUGUAGUCAGAGAGAGGUGGUGGACGAGAGAAGGAACGAGAUGAAGAGAAUCAAUGAGGUUUGUCGACACAACACGACUUAGUAUUUCACUUGUCCGAAAGAGCAUGAAGUAAACGCUGCCUUCAUGGGACAUGGGGAAGAUGGAAACUGUGGCUUUUCCACCUUUUGAGGAGUGUGAUGUUGCAUUCAAUGUCACUUUAAAGACUGAGCUCUUUGUUUGUUUGAGGAUUUACAAAAUGAGUCUUUUCAUUAUCGAUGAAUUUAAGAUUUUUUUUAAAAGUCCAAAACUACUUUUUUCCGUAUAGAUUGAAAUAAAAUUGGAGAAAAGCUGAAUCGAUGAAUUGAUUCACACCUGGACUGAUUGAUUAUUAAGAGUGCGUUCACAGCGCCUCUAAAAUGUAGGAGGUUGUGAUUUAACUUCACCUUCCUGCGUCGACCUGAACGCAGCCGUGGUGAGUUCAAUGUCCCGCGGAAAGACGACAUAUCUACCAUCAGGAGGAGCUGCCCAUGCAGAGCAAGGCAAUGUGGGAGAUGACAACUGGAGCGUUUUUUUUGUGCUCUGUGACUUUUUAAGACCUUUUUUUUUUUUUUUCCACAAAGAGGGUCAGAAACAACCAAUGGGAGCGCCCCGUGCCGCGGCGCCGCCCGUUAGGGAGUGAGUCCCACGACGACAAUGACGACAGAAACACAAGGACUGAUUGUGAUUGGCCCGAGACAUGUGACAUCAGCAGGCUUUUAAUUUCCAUCAGGUAUCGAACAAUCACGGGACAAUCUGGAUAACCUGCUCCUGCCGCCGGGCAUGAUGGGAAAUUAUGUUUUCCUUUUUGUUUAUGGUUUUCCUUUUUUAUUGGUUUUCAUUUCUAGUUCUGGCAUCUGAUUGGCAUUUUUUUCUUUUCUUUGUGUGUAUUCAUUGGUUCCUGUAUUUUAACCCCGCCUACAUGUUUGACUUUUGCUUUAUGAUGUCAUCGCAUCAUCAUCACUAUUAAUAUAAUUAUUAUAAAGUUAUACGUGUCAUUAAUAUUGGGUUCUUGUGGAUGCUGCUAAAGGAGCUUGUUCGCCCUCAUGCAAGUGUGUGUACGUGUGUGUGUGCGUGCGUAUGUGUUUCCUGGUUAAUUUAGAGUCAUAAUCUGAAGGUUUUUUUUCUUUAUAAAGCUGAUUUUAUUGUUUUUCUUCAAAUCGUCUGUUUGUGGUUUUGGGGGUUAAAGGAGGAGGAGGAGGAGAGGCCUGUUGGGGGGGGGUGUAGGAAGCUGUUGUCAUGGCAACUCAUCUAGAACUCUUCUCACUGAACGGCCCCGUCCACAGCCCCAGCAGCGAUCGCGACCUCGGAGUCGGUGACAUCACAGCACGACGUCACAGACACGAUGACAUCACGGUCCAGCCCUCCUCCUAUUGGCUCCGUUGUUUUUUUUUGUUGUCUCUGUUGUUGUAUCUCCGGCUUCACCUGCAGACAACACGACGGCAAUAAAGUGUCGACAAACUC